UCUGUUGACUCUUUCAAGAGAAAGUUGGAGCGACUGAGAGACCAUCAGUUCCAGGACUGACACAGGCCAACAAACAUCCUAUCCCUUCCAAACCGAUAAACAACAGUGGUUCUGAAAAUUCCGUCAGCGAAUUGUAUUCACUUUUAUUACCGCAGAAAAUAAUGAUAAGCCACAUUUUUUGUUCCCUCCUAUAACUACUUGUAGUGAUUGUAUCCUGCAAACUAGGAUACGAUAUUUUACUGUGUUUUAGUUCUCCACUCUAUCGAAGGCGGGCUAAUUACUUGAGAUCGUGUUUUUGUGCUGCAAUGUCAGAGAAGAAAGCAGAUGUCCCACAGUUGUCAACAAGGAACUGGGUUCGAGUUACAUUGACAGCCGCCAGUGUCAAACCACUUGAGAAAGUCACUGAUGGUCUUAUCAAGAAGGCGAAAGAUCAAAAUCUGAGGGUUAAGGGCCCUGUACGUAUGCCAACAAAAGUGUUACGAAUCACUACACGAAAAACACCAUGUGGUGAGGGCUCAAAGACUUGGGACAGGUUUCAGUUCAGGAUUCACAAGCGUGUAAUUGACCUAUUGUCGACGGAUGAAGCUACCCAACAGCUUAAACACAUAUAUCUAGAGCCUGGUGUUAACUGUGAUGUUAAAGUCGCAGGAGAUUUGUAAUUUGUAAUAAAGUUUUCUUAACGG